UUCGACAGUCACAGUCCUAAUUCUACCGCUGGAAAAGUCGGUCGGUUUUUGAAGCUCUCGUGGGGGUCCUAAGUUUUCAACCAGGGUGCAGUUCAAAAACGGUGCCAUCUUUGCAAUUGUUUUUCGUUUUGGGAAGUGGACUGAGUUGGUGCAAAGUGGGACUCAGUCUGUUAUCGUAGCGAAUGGUGUUUCUACGUUCCGUCAGUACCAGUCAGCAGCCAUUACAGUUCCUCAGUGUUCAAAUGUGAAAAUUUUUCAAUUGCUUUACUCCUUCGACAGAGUGUGGGUAUCCAAGUAAACGUGGAGAGAGCUUUCCACUGUAGGCUACCUGUGAAACGGGCGGUGAAUUGCAUCGAGGUCGCUACGAGGUCAUUUCCUAGUGCAUCGAUAUAAUGGGUAGAUUUUUCCAUUUCAUAAGAAACCUCGAUGAGCUGAAUAAUAGCCUAAUGUGACGCUUCGGAAACAGGAUGAUUAUGUAACGUGAUUUGGAUACAUAUAUUUAUAUUGCCUUUGGGCCAUUCUGUCUGCUCAGUGUUAUUUCGGAGAGCUGCUUUGAGUACCUCGCAUUUGGAAGCAGAAACGGACGGUGAUUGUGUGGGUUUGCAUGUGCUAAGGCAAAAACUUUCAUUCAUCACAGUAUCCACCAACUUUCCGAACUGAAUGUCGAAAGUGAAUAAAAAGCGUCUGGAAGGAUACGUGGGUUUUUCUUAGUAGCAGUAUAUGUGCACGUCUGUUUGCCGCGACCGUGUUUGUCUCACCCCGGAGGAGCUUUUGCGAGAGCGAACUUCUAUGUUACUCGGAGGAUCGCUGGAUCGACGUUUACCUUGUUUCUGGCCAGAGCAAUCUGAGGCUGCAUCUCGGUAAAGGCGCACAUGUGCGGGUUACGUUUUAGAACAAGAAACUCUCCGUCUCAGAAGACAUCCUUACGUUGGGGUGACAGCUGCUCUCAGUGAACAGUUCGGCACUACCGGAAGCGGCGCACUACAAUCCCACCAUAGAGAUCGCCUACAUCUCCGUCGUCGUCGCCAUUUCGCCGUUUCAUCGUCUAGAUCGGAACUCUGGAGUGAAUCGAACUAUAAACUAAUACGUAAAACUGUUACUCAGUGGGCGUACACACGUGAAAAAAUCAAUAUUAACAAAAAAAAUGGUUGCUAUCAAAAUGUUAAGUGCUAGCUUUAAGUGUAAAAUAUCUGUGAUGUGUUUAAGAGUCUACAAAUACAUGUUCUAAGAUUUCAUAGCAGGUGGUACAGGAGCAAACGAGUAGUUUAUAAAGUUAUUAGUUGAGCAAGAGCCUCCCCUAUAUACGCUGUUUCGCCCUCCACCUCGUUUUCCAUCGUAAAAGCACUCACGUGAAGCGAAGUUAUCCGAGUGCACCUUCACUCCAAAGAGCCCAACUGUACCCGUGUCCAACAUUUGAAUCCCCGAGAACAAUAAUUUUAAAGAUAAGAACAACUCAUCCUCUUCGCAAACUCCUCCAGAGGUGGUCAGGAAGGAACGGUCUCAAGGCGACAAAUCAUAUUGUCAGCAUCAAUAAGGAUUUAUCCGGCGACAACGAAGUAGUUAUCACACCCCCUCUAGUCUUCUCGCACAACACGCAACUUAAAGAAAAUAUCGUAAGAAUAUAAUAGAAAGCAAAGCUUUAAGUAUAGUUAAGCUAUACCCACCCCCAAUCAAGAGUGGCUACUCAUAUUAAUCAAACGAUUUUCGAAACCCGGAAAGCAAAACGGAACAAACUCUGCAAACAAAACUGUUGGUUGAUAGAUUGCGUUUAGACGUAUCUGCGUUCGUGUUCAGAUUUCAAGUUCAAGCGGAACAAGCGUAAGGCCGUCAAAAUGAUAAACAUCGCCGGCGUAAUCAGUAUUGUGCUGUUCUACAUCCUGAUUCUGGCUGUCGGAAUAUGGGCCGGCCGGAAGAAGGAAAGCGGCAACGACUCCGAGGAGGAGGUCAUGCUCGCGGGUCGCUCGAUCGGCCUGUUCGUCGGUAUAUUCACGAUGACAGCAACAUGGGUCGGCGGAGGCUACAUCAACGGCACUGCGGAAGCAAUCUACACAUCCGGUUUGGUUUGGUGUCAGGCCCCGUUCGGGUAUGCUCUAAGUUUAGUAUUUGGUGGAAUUUUCUUUGCCAAUCCGAUGCGGAAGCAAGGUUAUAUCACUAUGCUUGACCCACUGCAAGACAGCUUUGGUGAACGCAUGGGUGGAUUGCUGUUUUUACCGGCGCUAUGCGGUGAAGUGUUCUGGGCUGCCGGUAUCCUGGCCGCACUUGGUGCCACCUUGUCGGUUAUUAUCGACAUGGAACAGGAGACCUCGGUCAUCCUGUCCGCGUGCAUCGCGGUGUUCUACACCCUCUUCGGAGGGCUGUAUUCGGUAGCAUAUACCGACGUUAUACAGUUGUUCUGUAUCUUCAUUGGUUUGUGGAUGUGCAUUCCGUUUGCCUGGACAAACGAUCACGUCAAGAGCCUUUCGUCGAUGGACGUCGACUGGAUCGGUGAAAUUGGUGAAGGCUAUCACUGGUACUAUGCCGAUUACGGUUUGCUGCUGAUUUUCGGAGGCAUUCCGUGGCAGGUCUAUUUUCAACGAGUUUUGUCCAGCAAAACAGCGGGACGUGCACAAAUACUGUCGUACGUGGCAGCAUUUGGCUGUAUUCUGAUGGCAAUCCCUCCGGUUUUAAUCGGAGCAAUCGCAAAGGCAACUCCAUGGAAUGAAACCGACUACAAGGGGCCUUGGCCUUUAACUGCACAGGAAACCAGUAUGAUCCUGCCGAUGGUGCUGCAGUACCUGACACCGGAUUUUGUUUCCUUCUUCGGCCUAGGGGCCGUCUCGGCGGCUGUCAUGUCAUCGGCCGAUUCGUCAGUAUUAUCCGCCUCGUCGAUGUUUGCCCGCAACGUCUAUCGGCUCAUCUUUAGACAGCGUGCUUCGGAAAUGGAAAUUAUUUGGGUGAUGCGGAUUUCAAUCCUGGUUGUAGGCAUCCUGUCUACCAUAAUGGCACUGACGAUACCGUCUAUCUACGGCUUGUGGUCAAUGUGCUCCGAUCUGGUGUAUUGUAUUCUGUUUCCACAGCUGCUAAUGGUAGUGCACUUUAAAAAGCACUGCAACACUUACGGAAGUUUGUCGGCGUAUAUAAUUGCGUUCCUGGUUCGGUUGUCCGGUGGGGAAGCGAUACUCGGACUGCCGGCUUUGAUCCACUAUCCGGGUUACGUCGCCGAAACCGGGACACAGAUGUUCCCCUUCCGUACGAUGGCUAUGAUCAUGAGUUUGAUCACACUGAUAGGUGUCUCCUGGUGGACAAAAUGGGUUUUUGAAACCGGUCGAUUGGCUCCGAACUACGACUACUUCCGCUGUGUGGUUAAUAUUCCGGAAGAGCUGCACCGGGUCGAGGAACCGUCCGAUUCCGGCGAACAAAUGUCGGUGAUGGCCGGUGGAAUGACGCGUAUGUACGGUGCGGCCACCAUGGUCGGGAAGGACGAACGUAAUGGACGGAUCAAUCCGGCCCUGGAAGCGGAUGACGAUUUGCCGGUGGUGGAAGCUCAACGUCAGAUGCAGUUCGGUACGGUCGGCGGUGGCGGCGGUUUCAUACAGGGCAGCAGCAGUGUGGUCCCCGGUGCUCACGGCCAGUCGCAGGGUCAUACGGCUUUCUGAAAGACAAUGCCACAGUAAGGUGGGCUGGUGCCGAUCUUCUGGUGCAGUCUGUAUUUGUGCUUGUGGAAAAGGGGAGGUCACAUCCGAUGUUCGCGGAUUUUAAUCUACUAGUGGAACUGGUUUCCACGGUUCAUCUAGUAUUAGUGAGAGACGCUGAUCAUUCACUGAUGGAAAUACGAACCAUUAACUGAUACAUAUCAAAUAUUAUUAUUGAGUUAAACUCAGAAACAACCGAUACAUAUCAAACUAGACAUUAGACCGCAGAAGAACAAAACCAUUUAACGACAAUUUAAACUCUACCACACAUAUUAACAAAAAUCCAAUGGAGUUAAAGUAUUAUCGAAAUGAGUGUGAGUUUUCAACAGUUCGAUUUGGAAGAAAAGUGAAACGCAGCAAUUCUAGAAUUAAAAGUCAGGAGGUGGUUUUGCUUGCAAUUUGUUGCUGAUUCGGUACGGUACGAGUGGAUGUCGAGUUUGACACCAAAAAGUGUUAUUUUACGUGUGCACCAUGCAAAACAACAAAUGUACAAAAUUUAUAAUUUAUCUCAGAUUUUAUUGUUUUAUUCAUAAGGCGAAUCAGCCGCAGGCUGAACAAUAGAAGACAACCAAAAUUGUUUUAUUAUGCAAGUGUUUUUAAAAGUAUGUGGAUGUAAAAAAUUUACUCUAUUGUUGUUGGAUAAUAUAGUUUAUUUGAAAGUACAAGGAAGUUUCGAGGCAAAAGUUAAGCUAGGAACAAAAGUCGGAUAAAGGUGCUAGAGCUUAGGUGAAUGAAACAUUGUUAGUGAAACAUUGCUUAACCAGAAUCUGUUGCUUGGCAGGCAAUCAUGGAUGCAGUUUCAGUUUGUGUUGCUAGUCUAUUAACGCGUUAAUCAUUUAUGAUUUUAUGAAGAGAAUACAAAGAAUAAUGUGUCGCUUGUGAGUUGAAAAAGUACUAAUAGAACUGAUUAUGUAAUAAAGCAACUAAAAAAUCGUAGUCAUAAUUUUACCGGUAUAGCAAUUAUUACUGAAAACUGUAGGUGUUUUAAUCAGAACUCUAGAAUAAGUGAUGAAACUAAGGCAAUUAAUAGCAGACGAUAAGCGAAACCUUAAACAUAUCAAUGGUGCCCUUCCAGUUGAAGAAGACAAACUAAAGAGAAAAAAGAAAUUUAAAAAAAUACUUAUCUACAACAACUGCAAACGGCCACACCGUACAUUCUCACAGUUACUUUGGUUGUCAAUUAAACUGUUUGGAAAGCUCUCAACUAUGGAUGUACGAACGAGCAACUUUGCUUAACUAUACCAUAUUUAGUAUUUCUAGGGGAUAGAUUGAAUUUGAUGUGCCAUUAUUUUAGUUCGGUGAAAUACAUUUGUGGAAACUGGGAAUGCUCAUGAAGUUAGAAUAUAAUUUAAAGGAUGAUUUUAUAAUAAUUUUAGUACAUAAUUUAUGAAAGACAAGAGACAUGCGAUGUGAUCCAAUGAAGUAGUUCCAAAGAAAAAUAUAUAUUUUUAGUCGCUAUUCUAAAAAACGGUAUAAUCGAAGGCAGAAAAGUGAAUCAGAAGAGCUGAAGCUUGCAGAAUAACAGCAGUUAACGUUGAGCGAAUGGUGAACGAUUCAGAAAUCAAUGCUGGAAAUAGUGGAGCCUCUUGCAGUUAUUUCUAAUUGACAGUAACUGUUUUUUCAUUCAAGUGCUCUUGUGGUCACGAUAGUUUUAGAUAUUUAGAUAUUUCAAUGAGAUUUAUUCUGCUUAACAUUGGCAACUUAAAUCAGUGGCUCUCGCCUUGUGAAACUUUCAAAGUCGUCUAUAACUGUCACAACUUUCGACGAUUCGCUCACAAUGUUGUGUGUGCGUUUGGAGUGGACUCAAAGUGUGAAGGAAUUUUAUCUUUCCAACAGUUUUUUUGGUAUGGAUAGGACAACAUUAUGUUUAUUUUCUUUUACAAUUUAAAAUGAGCAGAAAAAGAUUGCAGUUAUUACCAUAUAUCGGAGGUAGUUUAUUCAGUAGUAUUUAAAGCCGGCGUUCAUAAAACUUGGUUUGUAUUGUUUCGAAAAAUUGUCAUAAAAUGGCUGAAGAAAAAAAAACUGAUAUCAUUCAAUCAUAUCAUUAGCUGUUAUUCAAGUGUUAUCGUACUGUACUGCUACUACUACAUAUACAUAUUGUAAACAAAAUUGAAGCAUAAAGAAAAAAAAAACUAUAAAUAUACACGAAGAGAGAACAAAGCUAACAACCAAAAAAUGAUUAGAGUUUUUAACGACUAAGGCAAGAGUAUAUUAAUAGCAACUAACCGCGCUAACGGAUUGUAUAAUACGAGAUGUGAAUCGCUUCCGGCCCGGAACGAUAAAUUGUUGAAAACGGUUAUCUGUACACAAAGUGAAACCAAAACUAACAGAAGAAGCUUAACAUUGUAGAAUUGUCCUGAGUAUACACCCCAGGAUGAGAAAAAAAGUACACUAUUGAGGCGAAAUGUAACGUAUACUUAUUCGGAGUUUGCACUUACAGGGAGUGCUGCGCACUUGAAAAUUCAGAAAAAUGUAAAAUAUUCUGUACGAUGUAAUUCACUAGCGAAGAGCAAACCGCCCGCCUGUGAGGGCCAAACUCCGGAUGAUUGCUUUUGGUCCAACGACAUGCCCUGGCAAGCUAUUCAGCAGAGAAACACAAAGUCUUACAACACAUAUCAAAGUAGUGAGUAAUCGAACGAACGGGAGAACUAUGCAAAAUCUGUAUUAUGAUUACCAAAAUAUAUAUAUACUUAUAUGUAUACUAAAUAUAGAACGAAUGAAGCCCACAAUGAUGAAUAUUUGUGAACCAGAUACAUAUCAGCUAUAUUAGGACUUUAAACUUUAGUGAAAUAAAUUGUUGUUAAACUAUUUAAUGAGACAGGAAAAAAGUAUAUAAUUAAAUAUAUCAAGAACAUUA